AAAUAUGUCAAAACAAUACAAACGUGGCAGAAAUAUCAAUAACGUUUGGAAUAAUUUGUGUUGAUAAAUUCACGACAAAUUAACAGCUCUGCAGAGAGAGAGAGAAAGAGGAUGAGCAGAGGUGGAGUUGAAGAAGAAGUGGUGUGUGUGACAGGAGCAUCUGGAUAUGUUGCAUCAUGGAUAGUGAAACUACUGCUCCACCGAGGUUACACUGUUAAAGCCACUGUUCGCGACCUCAGUGAUCCGAGGAGAACUGAGCAUCUGAAGGCCCUGGAAGGAGCCAAGGAGAGGUUAGAGUUAUUGGAAGCCGAUUUAGUCGAGGAAGGAUCAUUUGAUUCUGUAAUUGAUGGAUGCGUCGGCGUCUUUCAUACUGCAUCUCCUGUUAUUGUUGCCACUUCAAACCCACAGGCUGACCUAUUUGAUCCGGCGGUGAAUGGAACUCUGAAUGUGUUGAAAUCAUGUCGCCGAGCAAAAUCUGUUAGACGGGUUGUGUUGACAUCCUCUACCGGAGCAGUCGUCUACAACGGAAAACCUAUUGGCCCCGGUGUUGUUGUUGAUGAAACCUGGCAUUCCGAUCCAUCUUUCUGCCACGAGAAUAAGGUAUGGUAUUGUCUUUCAAAGACAUUGGCAGAGCAAGCCGCAUGGAAAUUUGCACGAGAAAAUGACAUCGAUUUGGUAGUAAUGAAUCCUGGGAUUGUGUUUGGCCCUCUUCUUCAGCCAACUCUCAAUCUCACUUCUCAAUUUGUUAUGGACGUUAUUAAAGGAAAGCCUGGAUUUCCUUUGUAUCAAUGCGUGGAUGUUAGAGAUGUGGCUUAUGCACAUGUUAUGGGUUUUGAGAAAUCUUCAGCUAGUGGGAGGUAUCUUCUUGUUGCGGAAUCACUGACUCGCAUUCAGCUCGGACACCUCUUGCAUAAACUCUAUCCUUCCAUCGUGGAUGCUCCGAUAAUUAGGGUGGAUGAUAAUCCGAUUGGUGAGGUAUCAAGGAAGAAAGCAGAAAGUCUGGGAGUGAGUUUCAUGGCUGCGGAGGUGAGCCUCAAGGAUACUGUUGAAAGCUUCAAGGAGAAGAACUUCCUCAAAUUCUGAUGUAAAUUAAUAUUACUACUUUGUUUGCCCAUUCUUGGAUGAUUUUAUUUCAUCACUCAAAAAUUUCGUUGUUUCAACAUUAUAAUGUGUAUCAAUUCAUUCUGUGGAAUGCAUGUCAUUACCUCAA